AUGGAUUAUCUAAAACAAAAGCAUAAGAAUUAUGAGGUGAGCAUCACAAGCUUAAAAUAACACGUGGAUGAAUAUUUGCACCCUAUUAAAUAGAAGAGGAAGCAUUACAUAAAUAAGUUCAAUUCAGAAUUACAAAUUGAAAACCCACAGCCCAAAUAAGAAGAUAAAUAAUCUAUACAACAAAUUUCUGUAUAAAAAUUAUAGAGAAAAAAAUUCUUAAAAAGAUUAGACAUCUACUUAGAGUUCUUUGAAGGGAUCAAGGAAUCAGAGCAACAAUUUGGUCAAUAAUUAAAUGAUUUAGAUAGUAAAUUGUUGUCAGAAAAUGAAAUUACCAUUGUAGAUAAAUACACCGAGGAGGGAAAUGACAUCAUAUAACAAUUGACAGGCAUUUAAUUGAGCUCUAAAUUAUACUUGUACUUACCCUAAUGGAAAGACUUUAAGAAAGUAUUAAAAUAAAUUAGUCAAUGCCAUACCGAAGUCUCUUAAGACAUGUAUAGAGUGAGUCUUCAACUCCACUAACUCAGGAAGGGGUAUCUUAAAGAUGUGGAAGAGAUAAGAAAACAAAGAAAGAAAUUGAAACACCAAACAGUUGAGAUCUAUUAACAUUACUAGAAGAUUUUAAAUGAAUUUGUACAAAAUGAAAAAGAUUUAUAAACGUUUACUUAAGCUCAUUCAGAAAUGCUCAAGAGAAAAGAUGAUCCUACUCAAAUCAUUAAAAGCGAAAUGAAAGUGAAAUUAUAAAUGCAGUAAUCAGAUAAUAUCAGAUUGAAAUUAACUGAUGCCAGGGAUAGAAUCAAAGAAAAUUAAAUAGAAAUUAAUGAGUUUAAUUAAAAAAUGCAACAAUUUCAAGUUAAUUACGAAGAAUAAAGAGUUAUAUUUGUAAAAUAGGGAUUCCAAGCAUUCUUAAUAACAUCUGAGAAUUAUGCCAGUCAAUUUUAAACCUAUAUCUCCACAUUGAUAGUCAUUAUUGAUGAAGAUUAUUACCAAAUAUAUCCCUCAAGAUAAAAUAGGAGUCCAAAAUCACCCCAAAAACAAGUGUUGGAAAAUCAAUAACAAGGUUAACUACUUGAACUUGAAAUCAAUGAAUAAAUAAAAGAAAUUUAAAGGCAAACAACCUAUUAACUCCAACAAUGGUAAAUAGUCUAAAAGUAUAAUGAAGAAUUGGAAUACUUCUUUAGAGAUACAAUCUAAAUAUUGAACCAAAUGACUAUUGAUAAGGAUUUUUCACUUGUAAAAUAGUAAGUAGAACAGGAAAAAUAGGAUGUAUCAAGUGUUUUCAAUAUACUCUUUUCUAGUUUAGUUAGUGUUAUUAAAAUAAUUAAAGAUACUAAUAAAUAGUUAGUUGAUUAGGUCGAAAGGAAGAGAUAGGAUAUAGCUAAAUGUAGAUUAGAUAUGUCUAUUGGAAAGGAACUUGAGAUUUGUGCAUUGCGAGAAUUAAAAAAAUUGCAAAGUCUUAGUACUGAUGAAAAAGCACUUGAAUAGUAUUAAAAUGAUUAAGUGGAUAAAUCAAAAACAAAAAAAGCAGCUUAGCAUUUUUUUAAUGAAAUGAAACAAAAUAUUUCUGAUGUAAAAUCCUUAAACUUUGGGAAAUUUUAUGCAACCAUAGGAUAAACAGUAUCUAAGGUCUAAAAGAUGAGCAAUUUAAAGGAAGAUGACUUAAGAGAGUAGUAGGUUAAAUUAAUGGAAGACAAGAAGGCUUUGAUUUAGUUAUAAGGAUUUACAUUAAAAAAAAUGGAGGAUUUUCUCAUAAAACAUAGUAAAUUAGUAGCCAAAAUGAAAAAAACAUUAAUUGAAGAUUUAGGCAGAUUUGCUAUUUAAAUCUUCACUCAUCUAAGAAUGAUAGUUGAUGAAACAACGGAAAAUAUCUAGAUUAUGUAAUAAAAAGAAAGCUUAGAAAAUUAAACUGAAUAAUAAGUGUUGUAAAAUGAGAAGGAGGAUACAACUUGUCAGAAUGAAGAAAUUGUAGAGGAUCUUAAUGUGAGUACAACAUCUUUGUUACUUUAAAAAUUAUUAAAAGUCUUAGUGAAUGAUUGGAAGGAAAGCGAAUAUUUCAAAGGCAAAAUAAAGAAAAUGCUACAUAAAGCAUUCAAUAAGAAGAGGGUGACUAUGCUGUCAGAAAUCACAGUAACUGAUUUAAAAAUUGCUGGAGAUCCUCCAUCCUUAUCUGAGAUAAAAGCAUUAAGAUAAGAUGUUAAUGAAUUUUUGUGUGAUUUGGAUUUAUCUUUCAGGGGAAAAAUCUAAAUUGUUUUAAAUACAAACAUCAUUAUAAAUUGGCCUAAGGAAUACUAAGUGCCUGUCGAAAUCAAAGUUACUAUCUCUACUUUUACUAGUAGGAUUAGAUUGUGCUUCGUACCCACGUAUCUUGGAAAGAGUUGGCUUUCUAUGAUAGGAUAACCAGUAAUAAAUUUAGAUAUCGAACCGACUCUCUUGUAGAAGUAUAAUAUUGCCAAAAUCCAAUAAAUUGCUGAUUUGAUUAGAGAGUUUUUAAUUGGAAAGGUAAAGUUAAUGACUUACCCGAAUAAAUUAUCAAUAAAAAUACCUUUGAGUAAGAAAUGA